AUGGAUCGAAUCAUAAGCAAGGACUUACAAACUGAUCAUUAUGCUGACGAUGAUGAUGAUGAUGAUAAUGACAACGGCAAGCAUGUCACUAUAGGAUCAAAAAAGAAGAAAACCGCCUCGUACUUUAACGUCAUCUUUAGCGGCUUUGCAUUAUUGUCAGAUGGAUAUCAAAGCGGUGUGAUUAGUUUCAUCAACUUGCUCAUGACGGAGAUAUACGGCACAGAGAUCUUUAAUGACACAAUGUCGUCUCGCUUGUCGUAUGCUUUGUUUGUCGGUGCCAUCGUGGGACAAUUGGGCUUCGGUCUCAUCAUCGAUCGAGUGGGCCGAAAAAUCGGUUUGAUCCUGACAACUGUCUUGGUGAUUCUCGGUGCUGCCAUGUCUGCCGCAUCCAGCGGUGUAACCCCAACCGGUCUUCUGUGGAUGAUGGUUGUCUCUCGCGGCGUGUUGGGCGUAGGCGUCGGAGGAGAAUAUCCUUGCUCGUCGGUUUCAGCGGGCGAGUCAGCUGACGAUGUUGCCCCUGGAAAACGAGGAGCUUUAUUCGUCCUUGUCACGAACUUUGUGAUCGAUGUCGGCUAUGUAGUUUCCGCCAUCGUUGUUGUGAUUUUGCUUGCUAUCUUCAAGGACAACCUUGAGCCCGUCUGGAGACUAGCCCUCGGCCUUGGUAUCGUGCCACCCUUGUCUGUAUUGUACUUCCGGCUGCGAAUGGCAGACUCGAAACGAUAUCAGCAAGGAGCAUUACAGAAAAAAGUACCCUACUGGCUCAUUAUGAAAAAGUACUGGAGACGUAUGCUCCUGACAUCUGGUUUAUGGUUUGCGUAUGACGUAGUAUCGUUCCCCAACGGCGUUUUCUCGACCAUCAUCAUUAAUACGGCUGCACCCAAUGGCACUUUGAUCGAGACCACUGCAUGGAACAUUCUGCUGUACGCAUUCUACCUCCCUGGUGCAAUUGGUGGUGCGCUAGUGGUUGACAAGAUUGGACGGAGAAAAACAUUGGCUUUAGGUCUUUUUGCGCAGGCCAUUGUUGGCUUUAUCUUGGGUGGAACCUAUGGGCCCCUUUCCGCCAACUGUUUCCCUAUGUUUGUGGUAAGUAUCAUAAUCAUGUACGGUAUUUUCCUUGCCUUCGGUGAGUUUGGACCGGGCGAUUGUAUGGGAUUAAAUGCCAUGGAACUGUUUCCUACGGCAGUACGAGGAACUGGAUACGGUAUUGCUGCUGCAAUGGGAAAAGUCGGUGCAACAGUAGGCACUUUAGCCUUCAAGCCUAUGCAAGAAGCUAUGGGUAUCCGUGGUCCUUUCCUUAUUGGCUCUGCCAUCUGCUUUGUUGCUAGUGUAGCUGCAUUCUUUUUAUUACCUGAAGUUGGACCUGAUUUCUUAGCUGAGCAGGAUAUUGACUUUAAAGCUUAUUUGGCCGAUAAAGGAUAUGAUACAACACAAUUGGGUCUGAACAAGCCCAAAUCAUACUCAAGUACGGCUAUUGCCACCACUGGUAUUAACAAUCAGCAAAGUGGAAACGAGUGA